AUGCAGAAGAGCCAGGGGCCGACGACCACCGCGCGGCGGCGCCCGCUCCGCGUCCUCUCCGGCAACAGGACGCCGCACCCGCCGCCGGGGUCCCGCCCCCGCAAGCCCGCCCCCGCGGCGGCUUGCCCUCCCGCCACCCCAGCGCCCGCCGCUUGCCCGCCGUCCGUCGCGACGAGCGACGGGGCGUCCCUCGAUCGACUCCUCCUGGCGCGCUCCGAUCUCUCGGGGCUCGUCUCUCAGAUUGACGAAUUGGUCUGCUCUGCCCUUCAAUGUCAAACUGUCUCUGAAAGGGGCAACCAAGAAAUAGAAGCAUUCGGCUGCUUCUUAUCAGACACUAAUUCUUCUUUGAAGCAUUGGUCUUCAAGACUGAAGCAAGUGCUACAACAAGCUUCUCCAGAGAAAAGCAAGAAUGUGUCAAAAUUCACCAGCGUAACCUGCCCAGUUUCUGCUACGAAAGGGAAUAGCAAGUUGCUCUGUGGCAACAACAGUAACUUAGAUGAGGCUGACUUGAUUGUCUCGCCUUCACCUCUUGUAUCAUGGCGUGCUGGAGCAUGUAUGGUCGAUAGUGGAAAGCAGUUGUUUCUCUUAACGCCAUUGCCAAAAACAAAGACGUGCUCAUCCAGAUGCCCAAAAUCAUCGACAACACAGUUGAAGACAACUACUAGCCUAGAUCAGCUAAAUCUUCCCAAUAUACCUGUUUUGAAACUGACCAUUUCUGAUGAUAAUUGUUUUGAUCUGGAGAAAAGUGGGAAAGGAAAUGAAGCAAAGACUGGGGUCGUGACACCUUGUUUUAUUAAAGGAAAGAAGGGCUCAUCAGAAAACAGUCUCUUUUCGCCUUUCAGUUUCUCGGUUCAGAAGAGUGGAAGAGCACUACCUAGUCCAUGCCUGAGGACAGCAUUGUCAAGCAAGCAACAGAGGUUCUCUCCAAUAUCAGAGGGAUCAAGGAAGGAAGACAUUCUCGGCACUGGACCAACCCAGAGCAGCAAACCAUCUGAGGCCAGUGAUGAUAUGUUAUCUGAUGAGAUCUCAAAGGACCUGGCUUCGAGGUAUCCAGACCUUUAUGCGUUCAACCAACCUAUAACUACAUACCGAAGAAGAGAAGCAGAUGAUGCUCUUGACUGGUUCUUAUCACCACUCAAAACCUGUGUGUUAAUGGAUCCUUCAGAUGAAAAGCCCAUUGCACCUCCAGCAGGAGACAGCAAGUCAUUUAUUGAUACUCCAAGUAAAGGCCUGGAAAUUGGUGAAUUUCAGACAACAAAAGAACUUUCAGAUGACAACCCUAUCCAAACUCCAUCAUUGUACAGCAAGGCCUUGUUUGGUACUCCCUGGAAAGGCUUGCAGAGCGAUAACCCGAAGAAGGGACAGGGAAUUUCUGAUGGUAAGCCCCACCAAACUCCAGCAGUGCAUAGCAGGGUAUUGCUUGGCACUCCCUGGAAAGGUUUGGAAAGCACUAACCUGAAGGGAAGGCAGGCUGGAGAAACAACUCUCAAGAGAGAACUAUGGACUAGAUUUGAGGCAGUCUCUACCAACGAGCUGCACUUUGACAGUUCAAUCUUCCAACGGUCAGACGGAAGGCGUUUCAUAGACAUCCUUGAAGAGGAGGCCUCAUGAUUCUAUAGUAUCAGCUUAGCGGGUGGGCACUUGGGCAGGUUUCAUUUAAGUAUUCUUAUCCUAUGGUGCAAAGGAGUAACAAGAUUUUCUGGAAGCGCCCAAGAACGGUGAGAUGAUACUUGUUAGGCUACUUUGCCACUUCGCUGUAAUGCUGGAAGCUUAUAGCUUACUUAGCUUUAUUAACUGUAAUACCACUGUGGCUGUAAGCUGAAAGGAAGGUAGUUGAUGGGAGGAGUUACUUAGCAUUAUUAACUGUAAUACCAUUGUGGCUGUAAGCUGGAAGGAAAGCAAUCGAUGGGAGGACUACAUUUGCACCCUAGUGUGAGCUGCCGUGCUAACACUGUUGUAUUAGUUGGUUGUUCCAAGCUCUUCGCGUACUAGAUCAACCCAAGAUCACACGAGGUGAAUGUUAGCUUCUACUCCUGUCAAAAUUACUCGGAAUCGAUGGGAGGAGUUACCUAGCUUGAGAAAAAUGACAGAAUUGUUACACUGCAAGAAUCGAAAUGUUAUAACUGAUGAACAAAAUUUCAGGAAACAGUCUAAUCGGCAAAAGAGUAUUUCCAAGUGCAUUUUCAGCCAGCCCGUCUAGCUCAGUCGGUAGAGCGCAAGGCUCUUAACCUUGUGGUCGUGGGUUCGAGCCCCACGGUGGGCGUUCAUUUUUUUUCUUCCAGCUAAUUUUUUUACAUGUAUGUGAUUCCUUCAGUAUAUUGUUUUUUCCAUCCCAUUUGAGCUAGGUCAUUAUCUUUUUCA